AUGUCCGAGGCAAGAAGACAAGAAGAAAAGGUACCCAUCGCCAACCCCGGUGCUGGGCCCAAGGGCGAGAAGAAGAGCAGCACCGGCAAGAUUAUCGCGGGUGUGCUCGCGGUCAUCGUCGUUCUUGGCAUCGCACUCGGUGUCGGCCUCGGCGUCGGCCUCAAGAAGCACCACCACAAUGACGCGACCUCCUCCUCGCUCAAGCCGGGCAACACGUCCGACAUCCACAAUGUAGUUUCUCGCCCUGCGCUGCUGGGCGACCUCGACCGGUGGCAGGGCUCGAAACGCAACUUUGUCAUCUCGUCGACGCCGACGACGCGGACGUUCAACUGGACAAUCGACCAGGCGCUCGCCGCGCCUGGCGCGAUGCAGAAGCCCGUCAUCACCAUCAAUGGCAACUCGCCCGGCCCGGUCCUCGAGGCCAACCUCGGCGACAGGGUCAUCGUCAACGUCUACAACAACAUGACCAACGAGACGUCUAUCCACUGGCACGCUCUCAAGCAGAACGGCACAAACUACUACGACGGGACGUACAGCAUUACCCAGUGCGGUAUCCCGCCCAAGGGCCACUUCACCUACAACUUUACCGUCCAGGACGUCGGCACGACAUGGUACCACGCGCACAAGGCGGCGCAGUACACCGACGGCCUGAUCGGCCCGAUCAUCUUCCACUCGCCGAAUGAAACCGCCAUGACGGCGAACAAGUAUGACGACGAGUACACUUUCAUCCUGAACGACAUGUACAACACGGUGUCGACGGCCCUCGAGUGGCGCUUCACGGCCGUCGGCACGGGCAUUGACGGCCAGCCAGGCGACGAGCCGUCCCCCGACGGCGGCAUGAUCAACGGAGUGUCCCAGAGCCGCUGCGCGUACAUCCCCCCGAGCAACCUGGUCAUUGCCGAGCGUAGGCGCGACUUUGACGGCAUGCAGAACAAGGUGUCGCAGCGCAAGCGCUCCGACACAACCGGCACGCUCUACCCCGAGACCAACUACUGUGGCAACCUCACAACCGACUACUACAACGUCACCCUCGUCGGCAACAGCACGUACCGUAUCCGCCUGAUCAACGCUGGCACGUUCACGACGACCAUCUUCUCGAUCGACAACCACAACCUCACCGUCAUCGAGGCGGACGGAGUCAGCAUCGAGCCCUAUGUCGCCCAGAGCGUCGAGCUGGCCGUCGCCCAGCGCUACUCUGUGCUCGUCAAGCUCGACCAGAAGCCUGGCGCGUACUGGAUCCGCAACGUCCUCGGCACCGACCAGCUGCGGUACACCGGCCCCCUGUUCAACGAGUCGACGUUUGGUGUCCUGCGGUACGAGGGCACCGACACCGCUGCCAUCCCCGCCGACCUGCCCGCACCAGUGGUCGCCAACGGCACCCAGUUCGGCACGAUGACCAAGUUUGUGCCGGCCGACAAGCUCGACGCGCCGCAGCCCACCAACCAGCAAAAUGUCUACUUCAACAUGCAAUACACCGCCAACAACCAGCACUACAUGUUCUUCAACUCGACUAGCUGGACCCCGCUGCCCCCAGGCCAGAUGGCCCUGAGCGCCAUCAACACGACCACGGCGUCCAACACGUCGUUUAUCGCCAACAACAUUGGCGACCAGCUCAACUACAUCAACCCCAGCUAUGGCGUGUUCGACCUUGUUGUCAACUCGCAGGACGACGGAGACCACCCGUUCCACAUGCACGGCCACACCUUCUUCGUCAUGUCCCAGGGAGACGGCCACUUUUACGGCGACUCGUCGAGCUUCAACACCACAAACCCCAUGCGCCGUGACACGAUCCUCAUCCAGUCGUAUGGCCACGUCGUCCUCCGCAUCAUCAUGGACAACCCCGGCAUCUGGGCCUUCCACUGCCACAUCACAUGGCACAUGGAGAUUGGCCUCCUCCUCACAUUGACCAACUUGCCCGACAAGAUUGCACAGUUCAGCCUCCCUGAUGAUCUGCUGGCAAACUGCAAGGUCAACGCCCAGAACGGAUGGUAG